UGACGUUUUACACAUUUGCGUUUAUUCAGGAAAAGCAGUCAUUUAACAUAUAGCAAGCAACAUAAUUUUGCAAACAGCCCACACCAGGCUGGUAUUCAGCACAUGUUGAUGGAGUAGAUGCUCCAGUGAAAUGACAGACCAGGGCAACAACAAUCAGAACAUCUCUCUAAACCCAUUUGCUGCCCUUUUCAGUUCACUUGCUGAUGCAAAGCAGUUCGUAUCAGGCCAAAAACUACAGCAGCAAGCCGAACCACCAUCGGAAGAGUCUGGUGAGAGCCAGUCCGAGUCUGACAACUCUGUGUCUGACAGCAUCGGGGACAAUGAUGACUCAGUGGCUGAGAUCAGCCGCUCUUUCCGCUCACGACAGGAACUCUGUGAGCAGCUCAAUGUCAAUCACAUGAUCCAGAGAAUCUUCCUUAUCACCUUGGACAACAGUGACCCUAGUCUUAGAAGUGGUAAUGGCAUCCCCCUUCGCUGCGUCUACCUUGAAGAGAUGGCGGCUGACCUCAAUGGCCAAGACUGGCUCGACAUGGACACGAUAGAGCAGGCCAUUUUCAGCAGGCUUCUUUUACCGGAGCCGGGUAACCACCUGAUCUACAUGACUUCUUGCAGCGCUGUGAACCUGUCAGCGGAUCGUGAUGCUGGGGAGAAACUAGCCAUACCGUACCUUUAUGCCUGCUACCAGAGAGCUAAGGAAGAGGUCACUAAAGUGCCAGAGAAGCUGCUAUCAUACGCUGUGAGGUGUAAGAACCUGACGGUGUCCAAUGCCCGCACAGUACUGCUUACUCCAGAAAUCUACAUCAGCCAGAAUGUGUAUGAACAACUACUUGACCUGCUGCUGGAGGCAGUUAACAGAGGCCAUAUUGAGGAGGUGGUGGAAUUUUUAGAGGAAGUAAUCACUGGCCUUCUGGCUGACCAGGAAGUGCGCACCUUUGGGGAGGUCAUGGUGCCUGUGUUUGAUAUUUUCCAGGGUCGUGUGAAAGACUUAGACCUCUGCCAUCUGCUGCUUUAUUCCUACUUGGAAAUUCUGGUAUACUUUAGUCGGCAAAAAGACAUUGCAAAGGUUUUGGUGGAACACAUUCAGCCCAAAGAUCCUAGUAAUGGACUUCAGUAUCAGAAGACACUUCUGGGCACCUUGUUAAAUAUAUCUUGUCUGCUGAAAACCCCAGGGGUGGUGGAAAGCCAUGGAUUUUUUCUCAACCCCUCCCGCUCCAGCCCACAGGAAAUGAAGAUUCAGGAAUCUAAUAUCCACCAGUUUAUGGGCCAGUUUCAUGACAAGUUGCAUCAGAUCCUGAAGAACCUGCUGCAGCAGUCAACAGAGACUCGUCAUCUUCUGCUCUCAUGGCUGGGCAACUGCCUUCAAGCUAACAUGGGUCGCGCGAAAAUCUGGGCCAACCAGAUGCCCGAGAUCUUCUUUCAGAUGUAUGCUUCGGAUGCAUUCUUCUUAAACCUAGGAGCUGCACUGCUCAAACUCUGCCAGCCCUUUUGUCGCCCUCACUCUCCAAAACUCUUAACCUUUAACCCCACAUACUGUGCUCUUAGAGACUUAAGUGAGGAAGAGAGACGCAAUAGAAAUGUACAUGCUAAAGGGCUUGACAAAGAGACAUGCCUGAUUCCUGUUCCGCCUCAGCAAACCGUUGAAUUUCCUCAGUCAUACAGUCUCCUUACAGAGAACCUGAUCCUCACUCAGCUCACCCUGCACCUCGGCUUCCACAGACUACACGAUCAGAUGGUAAAAAUGAACCAGUCGCUUCAUCGGCUGCAGGGCACAUGGCGCGAGGCACAGCUCAGCGGAGGACCGAUGGCAGAGCAGCUGAGGGAGCAAUUUGAGCGCCUCAUGACUGUUUACCUGUCCACCAAGGCUGCCGCCACACAGCCUGCCAUGCUUCAGAACUGCCUCAAUCUGCAGGCAUCUAGCGCAUCUCUGCUCGUACAACUCAGUCUGGGAAACCAGGGCGCUGAGCACAUGCCUCUGUCCUUCCCUCUUCCUUCACUACAGAACAGCCUGCUCUGCUACGUGCCAGAGUUUUUUGCUGAGAACCUGGGAGAUUUCUUCAUAUUCCUUCGACGUUUUGCGGAUGAAGUCCUGGAGUCAUCCACGGAAAGUUUGGAGCAAGUUCUCAACUUCAUUACGGUGUACAUGGGAAACGUAGAGAGAAUGAAAAAUCCUCAUUUACGGGCAAAGCUGGCAGAGGUUUUGGAGGCUGUGAUGCCACAUAUGGAUUCUGUCUCACCUAGCGCUCCCCAGACUAUUAUGUUCCAGCGACAGAGAGCAUUCUGCUCCUACUGCCAUGCACCUCGUCUAGCCGAGGCUCUCAUUACUGUGUUUGUGGACAUUGAGUUUACCGGUGAUCCUCACCAGUUCGAACAGAAGUUUAAUUACAGAAGACCCAUGUACCCUAUUCUGAAGUACAUGUGGGGAGAGGAGAGUUAUAGAGAAAGCAUUAAGCAUUUGGCAGAUUUCGCAUCUGAAAAUCUAGAGGCCAUGAAUCCGCCCCUAUUUUUGAGGUUUCUAAAUCUGCUUAUGAAUGAUGCCAUUUUCUUACUAGAUGAAGCCAUACAGUACCUGAGUAAGAUCAAGCUCCUUCAGAUAGAGCGGGACCGUGGUGAGUGGGAGGGUCUGGCUCCUGAUGCCCGCCGAGAGAAGGAGUCUAGUCUCCAGAUGUUCGGACAGCUGGCUCGCUUCCACAAUAUCAUGUCAAAUGAGACGAUUGGCACCCUGGCUUUUUUGACAUCUGAAAUUAAAAGGAUCUUUGUUCAUCCUUUCCUUGCUGAAAGAAUCAUCUCCAUGCUCAAUUACUUUUUGCAACACUUGGUGGGACCCAAAAUGGGUGCUCUGAAAGUGAAAGACUUCAGCGAAUUUGACUUCAAGCCUCAGCAGCUAGUGUCAGACAUCUGUACCAUUUACCUAAACCUGGGAGAUGAGGAAAACUUCUGUGCCACGGUACCAAAGGAUGGGAGGUCAUAUUCCCCCAUGCUUUUCUGUCAAACUGUUCGAGUCCUAAAGAAGAUCAACAAACCUGGGGAUAUUAUAGUGGCUUUCAGCCUCCUGGCAGAUAAAAUAAAGUCUCUGGCAGAUCGACAUCAGCAGGAAGAGGAGACCUACUCCGAUGCUCCAGAUGAAUUUUUGGAUCCCAUCAUGUCAACCUUAAUGCUCGAUCCUGUGCUUCUUCCUUCUUCCAACGUCACAGUCGACCGCUCAACGAUAGCACGGCACUUGCUUAGUGAUCAGACAGAUCCUUUCAACCGCAGUCCACUCACCAUGGACCAGAUCAGACCCAAUGAGGAGCUUAAGCAACAGAUCAUGCAGUGGCUAGCUGAACAUAAGCAACGGGGUGUGCAGAUGGGGCCCAGUGGCUAGCGCACACACACACACACACACACACCUACCAAUCUCUUAUCCAUACAUUUAAGUCACAUAACACACAGAAAAUAUUCAUUCAUUACAGAAGCAGCACCUACUGGCAUGGUGUAAAAUUCUUAGUAGAAGUCAGAUAUAUUCAAAUAACUCACAUCUGUUUUAAAUUUGGUUUAAUUUACAAUUGUUCAAAAAAACAUUGUCAGUAGUGAUAUCAAGACUGCGUGGCAAGCUUUUAUAUUGCUGUAACAAAUUAUUCAUAAUACCUGCCAUCUUGCUUUCUGCCUUGUAAAGAUUUUUUUUCUUGCAGAGAUUUACUUUGAAUUGUAUGUACAGACAAUAUAAAGAUCUUUGAAAGUAAUAAAAAUUAUAAAAAACUUACUUAAAGUUACAUAGAUUUAAGGAAAGCAAGUUUAAUAAAUGAACACAUUCUGCUUAUGGUCAUUGUGUGAUCAGUUUGAAACAGUAUUGCUAUGCUGUCCCUUUUUCAACGUAAGUACAGAAUUCUAAUAAAUUGUUUUAUUGAUUUACUGCAAUGAUCAAUUUCAACAGUGUGUUUAGAUGUAGCUUUGUGUAAUCCUGAUUUUACUAGGUACAUGCUAAGUAAAUAGAGCAGUGAUGGCUUACUCUCUGGGUUACUAAUCAGAAGGUCAGGGGGUUCAAUCCCGGCAUCGCCAAACUGCCACAGUUAGGCUCUUUACACUUUUUGCUCCAGGGGUACCGAAUCAUGACUGACCCCGCAUUCUAAUCCCAGCUGCCUAACAGGCUGGGAUAUGUGAAGAAAUGUGCUGCAAUGUAAAUGUGACAAAAAAAGGUUUAUACUCCUAUAGUUACACAUGCAUUCCCCCCCCCUGCUACAUGUGCAUUUAACUGUUUUUUUUUUUUUUUUUGACAAAUGAAGUGUUUUUUUUCUUUUACCUGAAUGAUGUAUCAUAGUUUUGUUACAUUUUAAAGAUGCUGUAAUGAUUUUAAUGUCUCUGUGCAUACUACAAGGAUUACUUUUGUUUGUACCUUUACUCCUUGAAACCAUGAGUCAGACUGCACAUUUUCAGUUACUGUGGCUCAUCAUAUACCAAACAUGGAAUGACCUCAGUGUGAAACCGAGAAACUGUAGAUGUCCUCAAUUGGUUCGACCUCAACCUUUAAACCAAGAACAUCAUCUUUCUUAUAAUCGAUGAUGCGCUUCUGAAGUCUGGUUUGGAGUAAAACUGAAUGUAGUCUGUGGUCAUGGUGGUGAUAAGGAUGAUGAUGAUUGUUAUAUGCUGGCAUAGAAAGCGUGCUUAAAAUUCCUUAUGUUCAUCAGUUUGCAGAAUCUCAUGAGUUAUUUAAUCACAUUUGUCUUUGUGUUGAAAAAUAAAAAGAUAAUCUGCUUUAUAAUAA